UUCCUUUAAUGCCAAACGGUGCCAGCUGAGAGAAAGCAAGAGGCUCCGGUGCAUCCCACGUGUGACAGUGAGUGCGAUUCCUCGUCACCAUGCUCCCAGUGCUAACUUUGCUCUUGUUGUGCUUCACUCUGAAGUUCAUCUCCACGGACGCCAUGCCUGCAGAGGUCAAAACUGUGAUCGUGAGAAGCCAACUGUCCUUCUGCCAAGGCAGCUGUGAGAAGGGAUGGGUGGUCUUUGAUGACCGAUGCUACCAGUUCUUCCCUACCAAGAUGUCCGAGAACGAUGCUGAGGAGUCCUGCGUCAGCCUCGGUGGACACCUGGCUUCGGUGCUCAGCGCUGAUAAUAACCAGUUUGUCAACAGCCUCAUUCGAAGUAUUGACAAGAGUGGUCCCGCCACCUGGCUUGGAGGCUGCGCCUGUGAGAAGGUGGGGGACUGGAAAUGGAUUGAUGGAUCCAAGUGGGAUUAUUCAAACUGGAAACCUGGAGAACCUAACAAUUCCAGGAAUAAAGAGAGGUGUCUUCAAAUGAUGUCAAUAGGACAGUGGAAUGAUGCAAACUGUGCAGUGCAGAUGCCAUUUGUCUGUAUGAAGAAAAUUGACUGAUCGUGGAAACGGACGAGCAAACCUGCAUCACACUUCUGAAAUCCAUAAAGAUAAAUCCAACACUAAUGUUUCUGUUAGUCAAACUUUUAUUUUUUCUAUAAUUGCUCUCUUUCUAAUACACACUGUACUGAGGGGAAGAUGGCAUUGGCAUCCUCAUCACCCUUUAAGGUCUACAAGAAAACUAUGGAGGAAUAUUUUGGACAAAACUAAAUAAAUAUUUAAAUAAACAAAUGUUUUGUGAAAUGUGACAAUAAAA